UCGGAUCUACCUGUCUCAGUUCUGCUAUGCUGUGCUGGGGUCCCAGGUAUGGACAGCUACACCAGGUUUUUACUUGGUUGUUAAGGAUUUGAACCCAGGUCCUCAUGUUUGGCAAUAAUUGCUCUUAAACACUGAGUUAUCUCUUUUUCCCCCAUCUACGUUUACAUUUCAUGUCUAUUUUUAAUUAAGAUAUAUUUUACAUAAAAUGUAGGUGUCUGUAAAUAAACCAUUUGUAUUAUUACUGUUGCUACUGUCUCCUUUUAUUUUUUUUUUUUCAUUUUUUGCAGGGACAGGCUUUUUAGCUUUCAUGCUUCCCUGCGUCUGUUCAUGCAUACAGACUGCUGAGUUUCUACAGAUGGCUGUAACACAGAGAGCUGGGGUUAAGUUGAUUUAAACCUGACCCUAUCAUUUAUAAAACUAUAAUCUACAAUGAGUGCCAUGUAAAUAUUAUUUCAUAGCUUCCUGGAACAUUCCUCUUUCAGAUGUUUUUAAAAUUUCAAGUUCUUCAAUAACUCCAUUUAUUUUUCUGUUUUACUUCAAAGGACUGUUGAUCUCUGGAGCAAAUAGCCUGGACAGAAAUGUGUCAAAAUAUGUCUUAUUCGUCAUGUGGGCUGAAUCUCGCAGUCCCCAGCAGCUAUGGAUCAAGAGAUGUUUCUGAAUGAAUGGCCUCUGAGAGCAAUAGGCUUUGUAUCUCUAAUCAGAACGAGGGCAACAUUUUCCUCCUGUCUUCAUCGUCCACGAGAACCCAUAAAACAAACACCCACCUCACAAGCAAGAACGCUUCCUACACAGCACUGCUACCAAGGGCCCAUGAAGUCCCUAGCUGUACGAAGGGCACAUAAAUAGCUUUGGAAAUAAAAUCCAUUCACUCAUCCAUUCAUUCAUCCAUUCAUUCAUCCAUCCAUUCAUUCAUGUAGCACUGGGCACUCCUCACGCAGGAGGCGCUGUGUUGCUGUUCAUGUAGAACUUUAACUGGCAAAUGUGACACGGUAUCAACCUCCGCAAACCCACUUCCUCUUCAGCAAAUAGAAAAUAACCGAGGACGUGAAUUCGCUGCCACUGUUGAACACUGGAGGGGAGGCCUGCCGCUGCUCCUGGCAGACAUGAAGUCAUACUUCUGGUGUGUCUUGGCCCUCGGCUUCCAAAUCGGAGUUUUAACAGGAGAAAUCAAUGACUCAGCCGACCAUACGAUGUUUUCGUUUCACAGUGGACGUAUCCAGAUUUCUUGUAAAUACCCCGAGACCGUCCAACAGCUCAAAAUGAAGUUAUUGAAAGGGAAAGAAGUCCUCUGUGAGCUCACCAAAACCAAGGGAAAGGGAGACGGGGUGUCCAUCAAGAAUCCGAAGUUGUGUCCAUAUGAGAUGUCCAACAGCAGUGUUUCCUUUUUCCUAAACAACUUGUACGGUUCUCAGGGCAGCUAUUACUACUGUAGCCUGUCGAUUUUUGAGCCAGCUCCUUUUCAAGAAAAGAUCUCUGAUGGACAAUAUUUGUAUAUUUACGAAUCACAGCUCUGCUGCCAGCUGAAGCUCUGGUUGCCUGUAGGGUGUGCAGCUUUUAUUGUGGUAUACAUUUUUGGAUGCAUACUUAUCUUCCGGUUUGCAAAAAAGAAGUACGGAUCCAGCGCGCAUGACCCCAAUAGUGAAUACAUGUUCAUGGCAGCGGUCAACACAGCCAAAAAGUCUAGACUUGCAGGCAUGCCCUCAUAAUCUGGACCACUUUGGCAUCCAUGGAGGAAGCACCCUGACCAGUUCCCCUGAAACUUGAACCGAGAAAUUCUAUUUUCUGGACCACAGGGCAUCUGACUUGAUCUGACUACAGCAAUCUCCUUUGGGUAUUUUGUUUGGAUCAGUGACUACUGGGCACUCAGAAUUUCAACAGACUGCCUGGGAAUUGCUGAGUUCUUUUAAGGCAAACACCUUCUUAUAGAAGGUCCCGCUCAUGUGUACUCAACAAACAGACCUCACUGGGUUAGAAUCCCCUCUCUCCGCACCUGCUUCUAGCUACACACCGGCCAGUAAAACAAACACAUCGACAACAUUUUCACAAAAAUGCCAAGGGUAUUAAUCUGCAAAGUGCACGGGCAGCCAAGGGCCAGCAUCUGCCCUCAUUUUUCAGAUUAUUCUUGCUGUAGUGAUCAAUAGUCCUUCUAGAACCAGACAGCAGAGGGAGAUGCUUUCAUAACAGUAGCUCUUGUGUUUCUGAGAUGUUGAUGUAUAUACUGCAUUGAACUCAUACAUUAGUGCCAACACAACAUUCUCUUCCAGCUUCUAGACUCCAGUUCAUCACUGCUCGAGGGGUUUAGAUGCCUUCUCUUGCCUUCAAUUUUCCCUUGAAAGAUUCUUCCACAUGUCUGCUUGGCAGCCUGCAGCCACUCCAAGGAGGAAGUCUACAUUUUCUCCCUUCUGUUGCUCAAAAAAAAAAAAAUUAGUGGAUAUAAUUUUCUAUAUUCUCCCUGCCAAAGUAGUUUUUUUUCCUUCAAAGACAUCUUAUUUUCUCAAAUUCAGUUAAAAUGUGUUGAUACUAGUGGUAGGAAACAUUGCUCAGAAUCAAGAGCAAAUUAAUUUUGUUAUUGUGUUUUCUACCAUUAUCUGUGUUUCCAUGGUGCUAUUAAUCACAAGCGUAGCUAUUUUUGUAGAUCAUAUUAAAGUUGCAAGCGAGCAAAGCAACCCAUGGUUAAUGGGCAAAUGCUCUCCUGGGGUAGAAUGGAUGAUCUAUUUAGCCUGAAAGCUACAGUUUCUGGAAAUGGCAGCCAAACUGUGGCCAUCCUUCCUCUGGAUUGGACAGAUGGAAAUGGUUUCCAUGAGCCUGUGCUGGAAUGCCAAGGUUGGGAGAAGUCAUUGAGCCUGGGACAAGCAGCUUCCUUUGGUCUCUAGGAUCUGUGAAGAUGCACAGAGGAGCCAAGACAGAGUUCCCUCUCCUCAAAACUAUGCAGCCUGGAAGUCAGCCCUGGCACUUUAGGAUAGUCUUUAGAACAUGAGUUAGCUGGAAGGAUUCUGAAGUGCAAGCAGCAUGUGAUUGCUCUGAGCUGGACCAUUUUCUCCACGUUCCUGUCUGCAUGCCUAAGGCUUCUGGAGCAGCCAAUGUGUAUGCAACAUUUAUUUUUUUUUAAACUUUAAGUAAAACAAGGCUGCUUCAUAGUCUUAAAUUGUAGUUGUCUACUUACAGUUUACUUUAAAAGUGAGACCUGAUGUAUCAUUAUAUACUUAUUAAGUUAAGCAUGUGUAAUGCUGGCUAUGUACAGUACAGUACUGAACUUGUAAUUUGAAUCAAGUAUGGUAUUCUCUCUUUUCAGCCGACUCAGGCAGCCUGGCUGGCUUUGCAAGGGCAUUUCCCUGAGUUAGAUGUACCUUUCUGGGUGGGGGUGAAGGUGCGGACGCUGGCCUUCACAUUGUUCUAUGAAGGAUCCCCAUCCCAACACUGAACAAUUAACAAUGAAUUAUUAAAGAAUGAAAUUUCUGUGAAAUAGAAACUGGCUUAAAGAGGAGCCACUUAUUACAAGAUAUUAACAAUAGUAAGAGUUAAAGGAUAAACAUUUGUGUCUAGCAAUGGACUAUAAUCUCACUAUGUUUUCGGGGGAGGGGGCAGAGAAGUGAUGACCUUAGCUGCCACAUACAAAUUAGCCCUUGCUUUCCAAUGACUUGUGUGCUGUGUAAGAUAUUUGCUUCCUUCAUCUUGCUCUCUCCUCUUUAAACUUUGAAAUAUCUACAAACUUCUAAAAGAGCCAGAAGCACAGGACAAAGAGUAUUCUGCUUCUGAGUUAGUUCUGCAUUGACCUCUUAGUCCCAUGGAAUGGUGCUGCCCAUUUCCUACAGAAAAGAAGGGUGUACUCUGAGGACUGGACUACCGCCGAUAUCAGAAGAUUACAAUCUAGUCUUCGUUCUGCAUUCAAGAUCUGCCCCUUGCUUCUAAGAUACAUGUAGGAGCUGAAGGUUCUCCUGGGGACUUCCCUUUGUGUUCAGUUGCUCUGUCUCUGGAGUGUUCGCUCUGGACAGUUCUUCAGUCUGUGACGGCUCUUUUGCAUACCACAAGCCAUUAUUUUGUAGAAUGUUCCUUGUUCGGGCUACUCUGAUGCUUCUUCACGAAUAAAAUGAGGUUAUUCAUCUUUCUCAGAAAUAACACAGAACUGGUAUUGUGUUCUUUCAAUUGCGCCCUAAAGGGCAGCUCACAGCUUUGGUUUGUUAUGUUUCUGCUAAUGUUCAUUUUCAUCACUUGACUAAGGUCAUGUCUGUCACGCUUCUCCAUUGUAAAGUUAAU